GUUCUCAGUGACUCAGUCUCUAAACGCUGACCCUGUUGUGUUAACGUUUCUCGUUGCGAUCGUUUUUUCAGAUUAUAUCAGUGGAAAGGGAAUCGUCUAUAAAUUAAAUCAAUUUCCGGUCAAGUGAGUGUGAUGAAUGAAACGCUGUCAACAGAGAACCCAAGUAAUGAACAGAAGUAGAAUGAUACACUGUGUUUGCGAAGGGACGAUCGCCAUAUCUCUCUUGACAUCUUGAUAAGAAUAAUUCUAUAUAGAGAGCGGAACGGAGAAAAGGGCGUCGUCGAAACUCAAGAGAAGAAGAGUAAGGACAAGGUUAUUCAGCCAAGCGGGAAAAUGAAGAUCGUCGGAGCGAAGGUGGUAGUCCUGGGGUCCCAAGGUGUGGGCAAGACCUCCCUGGUGACCCGCUACGAGACCAAGACCUUUAGCAGGAACACGUCGUCCACGAUCGGUGCCUCAUUCAGCCACAUCGUAAUUGUUAUCAACGGCAAUAAAGUCAGGAUGCAGGUCUGGGACACAGCAGGUCAGGAAAGAUUUCGGUCGAUGGCGCCUAUGUAUUAUCGCGGUGCACACGCCGCCCUUCUCGUCUUCGACAUUACAAAACUGCAGACCUUUAAUGACAUCCAGACUUGGGUACAUGAGCUGAGUUCUCGCGUCGGGGAGGGCCUCAUGCUCGUCCUGGUUGGCAACAAGUGCGACCUCGAUCAGCGCAGAGAGGUGGCCAGAGACGUCGCCCAACAGUACGCCGCUUCUAUAGGCGCCAUUUUCCUCGAAACCUCCGCCAUGGACGAGACAGGGAUCGAUGAAAUGUUCGAAAUCAUCGCGACAGAAAUGCUUCGGAAAUCUGAUGACGUCGACUCUAUGGUCCACGUCUAUUCCCCCGAGCCAGCUACCAAGAGCACAAUCGUGCUGAACAAUUCAGCGAGUUCCCUGAACGACUCCUCACUACCCCAGGCGCAGAACAGCUGUUGUUAACUGUUAACGACUGAAUAAAGCAACGUAGAUGAUACAACAACAAACUAGUCAACUUUAUCACGGGCUGUGGUGUAUUGCGAUGAUAAGAAGAACAGGAUAAGAAAGAUUGGAAACAGAUAGGAGGAAAUCAGGUGUUUUGUGUGCGUUUCAAUGGUAUUUCCAGUCACUGAAGUAAAUGAAGUCAGUGCAGUUGGAAAAUGACUGAUACUCUGUAAAUAAAAAAAAAGUUUUGUAGUUGUCUUAAUUUACUUUUGAAGUGAUAUUAAAGAAAUAAAGAAAGGUUUAAUUUUUAAUGAAAAUGCAAUUUUGGGGACAAAUUCAUAUACGAAAUUAGUGAGUAAACUGUCUGUGGUUCUGUACGUUAUUAAUGAGAUAAAGUAAGUUUAGUUUUAAUUUGUUCUGUCCAUAUGGUUAAUGAAAACAUGCUUUUGUGCAGAGAUAAUGGUAAGUCUGUUCUGUUGACAAACAAACAAAGCGACAUGUAUCAGCUAGAUGUGAUAUUUAGGUAAAUACUCUUACCGAAAAUGAGAAAUUUAUUUUUCGCAUUUGUAUGAGAAGUAAUGCGCUUCAUGUGUAUGUUUUAAUGAUGAUAUAUUUUCAGGAAAAAUGUCUGAAUAGUCUGAAAGGGAAGACGGCUGGUUUAUGAAGAUUAUCCCCGUGUAGAGUCUCCCAACAUGUUUUUCUUUGCAGUCAAAGCCUCUUGUUUGAAAAUAUACUUGAUGUUGCAUGGAAGAUCUAUUUAUCUAUCUGUCAAUCAAUCUAUUGGAAGGAUAAGGUCCACUACGUGAGACGAAGGAUUUUACUGUACAGAGCAUUUAUCAGGGAAAAGGGAGGACGUAUGUUACCUUAGCAAACGAUUACAGUGACAUUAAACGUACUGUUUAAAUUAGAAUUGUAUACAUGGAACAACAGGUGAAUGUAUAAGUUAGGUCUCUUGGUAUAAGUCUGUGUAAGUGUUUGUAUACAAUAUGCGUUAUUUAUACGUGCAUGUAUCUACCUAUGCAUGUCUGUAUGAAUUAAUACGUAUAUGUAUGGAUGUAUGCAUACAAUCCAUGUCUGUAUGCAUUCACAUACUGUAUUUUUGUAGGUGUAUAUAGGCAAUCGGGAAAUGUCACUGUAACCUCGCUGUCAACACAACGGGAGGUGGCAAUCGCAGGGGCGACCUCGACCUACCUGUAACUUGGGGGCAGCGGAGGCGAUGUCGACCUCCGUGACCCGCGUGAUGGAGUAGGCGUGGCGCACGAUGAGGCCGUUUGGCAGGAUGCUCUCCGACUGCACCUGGGGAUGGUCCGGCUGCGAGGGAGGGAGGAAGAGUGAGUCGCUGCUGGCGCCGUUCGGGUAUUUUGAUUGGGGAGGUUCUCGGGGGUGCGUUUUUUUUCGUUUGUUUUGGAUGUGUUUUGUCUUAUUUGUUUGUUUCUUUGCUGCACUUUUUUCGGUCUAUAUGUCUCUGUUUAUUUGUCUGCCUGUGUUUGUCUGUCUGUCUCUCUCUCUCUCUCUCUCUCUCUCUCUCUCUCUCUCUCUCUCUCUCUCUCUCUCUCUCUCUCUCUCCUCUCUCUCUCUCUCUCUCUCUUUUAUGACCACUAAUAGAAUAAUAUCGAGACAUGUACAUGAGAAAUUUAUGUUUCGCGUUUGUAUGAGAAGUAAUGCGCUUCAUGUGUCUGUUUUAAUGAUGAUAUAUUUUCAGGAAAAUGUCUGAUAAAAAAAUAAAAGAUGCAACUCA